GACGAAAGCCACAAGGAAGUUGAUGUGAAAAAGGUUGUCCGGCUAAAGGAGUGCAAGAAACUUAACUCUCUCCGUGCCGAAGCAGAUUCUGCAAGUCAACGCGCUGAGGAUGCUGAAGCUCAAAACAAAAAGCUUGAGCAAGAGUUGACGGGUAAGGAGCAAGAGAUCAUCUCUCUCCAGAAUAAAAUUUCACUCUUGGAGGCUGAGGUUGAACGAGCUGAUAAAAAACUUUUGGAUGCUAAGCUUGCGAAAGAGGAAGAGGAGAACAACAAGAAUAUUUCUGAAAGUCUCCAGAGGAAAGUUGCUCUACUCGAAAACGAAUUAGAUAACACUGAGAAAAACCUGAAAGAGACAACAGAAAAAUUACGUCAAACUGAUGUGAAGGCCGAACAUUUUGAGCGCAAGGUGCAACAGCUCGAAACAGAAAAGGCAGAGUUGGAGAGGAAACUUGAAGAAAUGACCGAGAACUACAAUAAGAAAGAAAAGGAAUUGGAAGAGACUAUUAAAUCCUUUGAGGACUU